UAUUAUUCACUUGUUUUCCUCAUCCCCAUCAUAAACAAAAGAGAACAUAGUUUCUCUCAUUCUCUUUGGGAUCAAUUCAAAUCAUGGGUUUCCGAUCCCUCUUCAACCGAAAGAAGAAACACCAAAAGAAAACAACAACAUCUUCUCCAACCGCCGCAGCCACCAAUUCAACCUUUUUCUCCCGCAAUCCAUCUGUCUCUAGUCGGUCACGUCUCCAUUUCACAGAGGAUUUGGAGCACGUGUUCCGUAAAUUUGAUGUUAAUGGAGAUGGAAAAAUAUCUUCUUCCGAAUUAGGGUCCAUCAUGGGAAGCCUAGGACAACCUGCAACGGAAGAAGAGCUUAAUAAUAUGAUUCGUGAGGUUGAUGCUGACGGCGAUGGUCACAUCAACCUUGAAGAAUUUAUUGAAUUGAACACAAAAGACGUCAAUCCCAAUGAGAUUAUAGAGAAUCUCAAAGAUGCAUUUUCCAUAUUUGACAUCGAUGGCAACGGUUCUAUAACCGCCGAGGAAUUGCACAAUGUUAUGGUGAGCAUUGGUGACAAGUGCUCCCUAGCCGAGUGCAAGAAGAUGAUAAGAGGGGUUGACAAGGAUGGCGAUGGAAUGAUCGACUUUGAGGAAUUUAAGAGGAUGAUGAUGGGAUCCAACUAUGGAUCCAUGGAAAGAAUUAUAGGUGAAAUUGAAACAUGAAACUUUUGAUUUUUUAUUUUAAGUUAUGGUGGCGGUUUGGUGGUUGUUGCGAUUGGAUUUGGUCACAUGUUUAUUGUGGUUGCAAUUUGAUCACAAAAUAUCAAGACCUAAUUAAUUAGUGAAGAAGUACAUUGCAUCAUUGGUUGUGACUUUUUGGUUUUAUAUUUGGGUUUUAUUGUUGCAUGUAUUUCUUAAUUUUUUAGUUUCUUCUUUCCCUUUUCCUUUAAUUUGAAGGAAUUGUUGGUUGAAGAUGACAAAGUUAAUUAUAACUUAUUGUUUAUCGGAACGACAUUAUCAUAUGUAAGUGGUAUUUAAGCUUACUUUGAUUAUCCCAGAUUGUUGAUGUGAUGAUUCAAUUCAAUGGAUCGUUCAUUUUAUUUAA